GUUCCACAUUUUUUAUUUGUCGCGUGGACGCCAUUUUCCGGCGCGUAAGAACAACGUGAGUUCUGAUAAUUUGUACGCAAGGUAAAGUUACAACAGAAGACAUAAACAUGGCUUACAAGGGUGGUCAAAAGGUCCAGAAGGUUAUGGUGCAACCUAUUAACCUUAUUUUCAGAUAUCUUCAAAACCGAUCAAGAAUAUCAGUUUGGCUGUAUGAGCAAGUCAAUCUUAGAAUAGAGGGAUGCAUUGUGGGCUUUGAUGAGUACAUGAAUUUGGUCUUGGAUGAUGCAGAAGAGGUUCACAUGAAAUCGACAAACAGAAAGAAUUUGGGGAGAAUCAUGUUAAAGGGAGAUAACAUCACACUGAUUCAACAAGUGCAGCAAGAAGCAUGAUGCAGUUUCACAGUAUUCUAUAAAAUUGACAUUGUUUUCUGAAGGACAUCACAUCAUUGAGAUGUUAUGAGAAGUGUGUUGUCAUUGUAAAUACAUCAUUGCACAUCGGUGGACUUGUGGAGAAGGAUGCGAUUACUGAUACAUUGACAGGGAGCCUCAGCUUCAUAUUUCAUGCUUCAUGUGCAUCUCAGAUCUAAUGAAAAUCAUUUUUCAUAUGAAAGAGGUUAUAUUUAUGAGAUGUUGAAAACUUCUAUAGUCGGUGACUUUCCUACAUACUUUAUCUGUUUCAAACUAAUUAUGUUGAAUUGGGAGAUUUCGAAGUAGAGUUUCACAAUAUCUUUUUAAUUAUGACCUGAUUAUGUUGUUUUGACACAUGAGUUACUGUUAAUCACUGCCAGUGUUCAAAAUCAAGCUUGUGAGUCAUGGUCCUUGUAACAACACCAAUGUUAAGAGAUGAUCCCAAGAUUCGAAUGCAAAUUUCCUCACCAACCUCUGUAUUUUAAACACCGACUGCCUGAAGGCUGUUAAAGAGUUAGGACAACUAGAAUUUUAUGUUGUAGUAUGGCAUUCAUGAAUGAGAAGUGAUUGUUGUGCAGUUGUCUUAAGUACAGUGUUUUAAAGAGAGGGUGUAGUCGUCGGAAGACCUUGACGGAACUGGUUCCUACACUUGUAGACAGGGAACAACUAAGCUGUUUUUCAGUCCUUGUAAUGGCACUAGAAAGUGACUUAAACUCGAGUCCUUUUAAAUUUAGAAUCAGUUCUGUUAUUCCUCAUUAUUUAACUUGAGAUAAAGUUAUCACAUAGUGUAAUGUCCAUACAAUUACAAGAAUGCAGAUGUAAUAUGAUUUCAAUUUUCAACUGAUCCUGUUAACUAUAUUGAUGCUAUAUAAUAUCUGCCCUGAAUCCUCAUGCAGGGUACCCAGACAUCCUUUUUGUCUCAAGAGUUUGAGAUAAUGUUUUUAUGCCUGACACUGUGAAACCAAUGCAGGGAUGGCCUCCUGAAUAUCUGAUGAAGUGUAAAAUGUCACAUCAUAUAAACACAUUUUAGAUAUAA